AUGAGUGAGAAUGAACUCCUGUUAGACUCACUAGCACUCUACUACGAUCCAUUGAUCCAUUACUCCCAACCAGCCAGUCGCUGGCCAGGUUCGGUGGAGCUGGGUUGGUUUGGGAUUUUAGGCAAACCAUCGAAGAUGGAAAUAGACACAGCAUUCUUUCUUCCUUGGAUAAGAGUUCUGUUACCAUACUUUACGCGCAGUGCCACCCCACCUGUGUUUCUCUGCCAAUCUCCGUUUGCAGCCAAGAAACAAAAGAACGCGGAUUAUUCCAAUGGCACCUGA